AUGCUGGAGGAACUCUCACACAUGGACCGCAUAACCCAACUGCAAGAUGAAAUCCAACAGCUGCUCACAAUCAUGUCCCGCACCGUCGUCUACCUCACCUCCCGCGCCAACUUCGUGCAAGUCAGCGAGCAGAUUCCCAUUACCAAGGAGCGGAAGCCAGAGAAAUAUGACCAGCCAGACGUAUUCGAUGCGAAUAAGAAGGAGCUGGUGGAAGACCUAAUGGUGAAGGCGAAACAGGUGGAAUACCUCAUACAGUCUCUCCCACAGCCAGAGCCGGAAGCUGACCAGGCCAAACGGUUACAAACCCUCGACGAAGAGAUGACCGUGGCGAACGAAGAGUACAUCCAAGCUCUUUCCCGAGCAAAGAAGCUGCAUGCCGAGAUAUCUGGACUUCUGCGAUUCAUGCUGCAACCAACCGAUGAUGGGCUUGUCGAGCCACGGUCGACAACCUAA